GCAAAAAUGUGGCAGUCGGCAAAACGUCGGGGCAAAUAGCAAAAUUGGCUUAUCAAACAAUAAAAAAUUUUCACGGUCUUACAUAUGCGAUAGGGCAAGACAAGCCCUUCCAGUUUCAGUCCGCUGCUGCUCGAGUCGCCACUGCACACGAUGCGGCUCCUACUGGCUUUAUUUUUAUUAGUAACAGCAGUUGCAGCUGCUCCAAAUCUUGAUUCCGUAUUUCAUCACCUACCAAAUUAUUAUCCCGAACUAACAAAUACUGAUGCUUUCCAUAUUCGAGCAAAACGUGCGAUUUUUGCCGUUCUUGGAAUUGCCAACCAAUGCGAAAAUGGAUGGACUGGUGAUGGAUGCAAAAACCCAAUCUGUACUGAUCCAAAACCUGCACCAACAUCUGGACAGACUUCCAGUAUUGAGAUUAUGUUUAUCCAAGGAAGCUGUGGUGGACCAUUUUACAUCCCUGUCGAUUCAACAGGCAACAAGCCUACCCAAACCAUUCAAAUCCAUGUUUCGGCUGCUGGAAUUCCAUAUGUGAAUAUGACCGAUGCAAAGGGAGUUGUAUUUUCUCCAUCUUACUCCGUAGCCGACGAUAGCUAUUCUCUGAAUGUCUACGCCGAUCUUCCAUCUGGUGGAUAUACCUUGUCCAUUGAUAACCAGGGUGUUCCAACAAGCGAAUGCAUCAUUGAAGUUAAUGGUGACCCCAGCGGAUUGAAAGCUGUGGAUGGAUUUGUGUAUUCUCCACAGUCAGACGACCCUCCAUAUGGUGAAUCUGCAAUCAACGGUGUUCCGAUGUAUAUGGCCGCUCACGUUGACAAUUCACCAGCUCAAGUUCAAUCUAUCACCAUUCGCCAAGGCAAUUCUUUGGCUCCAGUCUACAGAGCAGCUCUCACAAGAAGGUAUCAGUGCGGGUAUGAAUACUAUGCAGGACAGUGGCAAUGUCAACUUGGAAAUGCCUACUUCUAUCAUAUUGAUGGAGUUGACGCCAACGGAUUUAACUUCAGAAGAACCGGAAGAUUCUCAUGCAUGCAACUUCUCACAUCACCAGCUCCUCCAACAACGACCCAAGCUCCGGUGACAACUUGUUUCAACAAUGGAACACUCCUCAAUGUUGCUAACCAAGGCCAAACAUGCUUCUGCUCUGAGCUGUUUAAUGGAAAACAAUGUGAAAAAGUUAACUGUAUGAACGCCGGAUUCCCAGAUCCAGACGGUAAUCUAUGCGAAUGUGCUGCUGGAUACCAUGGAACAAACUGUCAAGAUGUUACCUGUCCACUGAACUGGGAACAAUAUCUUACCAACUACAAGACAUUGGUUGUUAUCAUUCGAAGCACCGUUUCGAUGAAUCAAAACCUAAAUGCGAUCUCCAGUGCUAUCUACAAAGAACUAACAAGUAACGACGGCAACAACUACGAAGUAUACAAAGGAUUUGUCAUUGUUAAAUUUGCAAACGGUGCUUACACCAACACCUACUACCCAGCAUUUGACCAAAAUGCUUUCCUGGCUGCCAUCAAUCAAGCUUCAACUGCUGUUGGACAAUGUUCGGAUGCUACUUUUGAUGCGAUCGGCUCUAUUUUUAACGAAGUCGCUCUCUAUCAAAAAUCUCCAGUCUAUUUGUUCACUGACGCAACUGCUAGUGAUGUCGAGAAAUGGCAAACCGUCAUUGAGCAAAACACUCGCAUGAAGUUCCCGAUAUACACUCACUACUUUGUUCAAUCUAAUUGUGCAUUUGAUGAAAUGAGCCAAGGUUUCCAAGCCAUCGAAUACGCUUCUUACUACAGUGGAGGACUUAUCCUGAGACCAUCUGUUGACUCUUUGCAACAAAUUUUCCAAUACGUGAUCAAAGCAACAGCCUACAAAAUGAACUCGGUACUUAUUGACGAUCUUGCUAGCUGCGCCACUCCAACGAGAGUUUUCUUCGUUGACACUUCAACCACUGAGCUCAUGAUUCUCGCUGUCGGACAACAGUUAACAGUUUCUGUCACAGAUCCAAAUGGAAAUACCAAUACUCUUCUGAAGAUUGUCGACAGUGGAACUACUCAACUGUAUGAGAUUUCAAACCCCGUUGUUGGUGAGCACUUGGUCACAGUUGUGUCAAAUGUGCAAAAUACUCCGUGCUCGUACCGUGUUCAAGCCCGCUCAGAAUAUGAUCUUUUCAUUGGAACUAGCGUCGGAGUCAAUGAUGAUGCUAGUGACUCGGAACCAGUCGUCGGACAAUCUUCUCACAUUGUUGCUCAACUAACAGGACUUAAGGGCAAAGUAGCCGAUCCAUUCCGUCUUUUCUCUGAAAUUUCCAUUACAUCUAAUGUAAAUGUGGACAACAAAUACCAAAAACCAAUGUACUACUCCAGUGGAAAAUACAGAGACGGAUGUGGUUUCCAUAUGUAUUUUGGAGCUGCCGACUUCUGUGAUUUCAUGUCUCAACCAUUCUAUGCUACUGUCUAUGCUGACGAUGGAAAGGGAUUCACCAUCCAAAGAACUACCACUGGUUUCUGCUCUGGAACGCCAACGACACCGUAUCCACCAAACUCUUGUCAGAACGGCGGAGUGACCGAUCCAACAAAUAACGCUACUUGCAUCUGUCCACCAGGUUUUUACGGACAAUAUUGCACAAAUAUUCAAUGCGUAAACGGAGGUACACCAAGAGGAGGAAUGUGUGUUUGCCCAGUCGGAACUGCUGGAACUUUCUGCGAACAAUACAUGUGCACCACUUUCAACAACAAUCCUGACGUUUCAUUCGAUGGACAAUCCAUUGCCUUUGUUGUUUCUACUAGAUCAACUAUGAAGGUAGCUGUUCAAAAAAUUGCAGACAAUGUUCAAGCAAUGACACGUGAUAUGCAACAAGCAUCUGACAAAUGGAUUAAUAAGUGGAUUUUGAUCGCAGUCAAUUCAAACACUUCAUAUUUGCUCGUUAACUCCGCUAGGCCAGCUGACUUUGUUGCUGGGGUUACCAAUCUAAAUGGAAACUUCUCAAACUACGCUGCUGAUGAGACAUCUUGCCAGAUUCAAAUUGAGCAAGCUAUGCUUGGAGCCGUACUUCUUUCUGAGAGACGUUCUUCUGUCUGGGUAUUUGCUGAUUCAGACGGGCCAAAUGAUCUUUCCUACGUUCAAUUGUUUGACGUAUCUCAACAGUACCAACUUUCUCUUAAUCUUGUCGGUGUUGGUUCAUCCAUUUGUACAACACCAGAAAACAACGGGCAGUUCCCAUACUAUCUCAGAAGUUUGUCACAAACGACUCUCGGAGAUAUCUAUAUGACUGAUAAACUCGAUCAAAUUAUGUUAUUCAUUGUCAGUAUGUACAAGUCUGCAGUCUCUCAUAGAUACUACGUUCCUGAUUGUACCAGUGCUACUUCGUAUUACAUGCCAGUUGAUGGAUGGACCCAAUCCCUUACUCUUGCUGUCACUGGAACUGAUCUCUACAGUGUCGAGGUCACAUUCCCAGACGGACAAAAGGGGCAAAAUUCGGACUAUGAGCUCGUUGCUAUAAACGAUCCUGAAACCAAAUUGAACCAAUAUGUGGCUGCCUGCUCUGGAUCAUUCUGGAAUCACAGACAACAAAACUGCUUCACAUUCACCGCUGACAAACUAUCUUGGCUUGAUACAUGGGAUAUGUGCCAUGCUCAAAAAGCAUAUUUACUUCAUAUUGAUAGCCAGGCAACAAACGACUAUGUUGCUAGUCAAAUUGGAUCAUACCGAGUUUGGAUUGGUCUUGCAUUCAAUAAUGGUCAAUGGUAUUGGGAUGUUCCUGAUGGUAACUUUGCUCAGCCUUUGACUGGUUAUACUAACUGGGCACCAAAUGUUGAUCCAACAAACCCAGCUUACAACCACGCGGUAAUAAACAGCAACGGAAAGUGGGAGCCAGCUGAUCCAAAUGAUGCAGCCAACAACUUUGCUGCUUGCAUGAAACACAGAUAUGGGCAAGGAUAUUAUCCUGGAGAGGGAGUCAAUAUUGUCCCUGGAGGCCUCUGGAAAGUUACUGUUCAAUCCAACAGUGGAAGUUGUGAAAUUCAAGCCCGCUCUCAAUCUGAUAUUCAAGUCUUCUUUGGAUUUGUCACUGAUCCGAGAAACGAUAAGCCAAGCACGUAUGCCAACAUUCAAUCAAAUAGCAAUUAUCUUAUUGCCUAUCCAACUGGAGUUCUGCCAUACACCCCUGACACCAAACCGUCGAUGGAAGGAAAACUCAAUUAUGCUGUGUUGUCAAGCAACAGAACUAUCACAAACUCGUUGCCACUUGGAAAUCGUGCUUGCACGUAUGCUACAAUCUCUGCCCCAUUCAGUUGUCCAGUUACAGAUGGGUCUCUUUCGGACUUCUCCAUCAAGUUUACUGGAAUCGAUCAAUACGGAUAUGCAUUCGAACGAUAUUCCGAUGCUCUCUGCACAAAGGCUGUUAUUAACUGUGCUAAUGGAGGAUUCUUAAACAACGGAGUUUGUGUUUGCCGUGCUGGUUGGGUUGGAACCGACUGUAGCACUCCAGUUUGUCAAAACGGCGGAAUCGAGAAAAGCGGAGUUUGUGAUUGUUCUUCAGUCCCACAGUUCACCGGCCAAUUUUGCCAGUUGGCCCAAUGUGAGCCACCAUAUCCAACUUCGUUCAAUGAUAAGGAUAGAACACUUGUCCUUAUGCUUGAAACAUCCUACAACAUGGGAUCAUCAAUCUUCCAAUUGAAGAAAAACUUGAAGGCAUCUCUUGAUAGCAUUAACAACGAUCCAACUACUCAAGGAUGGUUUACCAACUUUGUUCUUUAUCCAUUUGAUUCCACUAGCAACAAAGAUUCAUGGUACCCACCUACAAUUUCUCGCAACUCUGAUGACAUCGUAACUGCUCUCAAGAACAUCAGCACAAUGUCCUGCCCGGGAAGUGCUCCGUGUUCUUCUCAGUGCCCUCGUCCAAUUGUUAGUGUUUUGAGUAGCAUUCUUGAUAUGAAUGCUUUGGCAGCACCAAACUCUGUCAUCGUUGUAAUCACAAGAUCAUCCCCCGAAGAUUACCUUCAAGUUGGUCAAAUUUCGCAGAAACUUCAAACUAAGAAGGCCUACAUUAAUUUUGUAUUCCCAGCUAUCGACUCGCCAUGUGGAGAAGGAUGGAACUCUCCAAAUACUGAUGCAUUGUUCCAAAUCAUCAGCUACUCACAAGGAAAUACAUUUACAAUGAACGCAGUUGAUUUGUCCAAAAAUUUCCUCACUCAGUAUGUUCCAACUCUAUACUCUUCGGGUGGAAUCGCAGCUUCUAAUGGAAAUUGUCAAACUGACGAAAUCAUUUUCCAAGUUGAACACGAAAUGUACGAGUUUUCAAUUGACUUCUACCAUCCACUAAUGGAGACCAUCAAAGUGUUUGACCCAUCCGGUGAUCAGCUCACAUUGCCUGACAACAUUAUUAAUUCUGAUUCAAACUAUAUUGGAGUGUUCCCUGUUAACGAGACUGGUGCCACCCGUGCUGGUACCUACAGAAUCCUCCUGACUGGAACGGGCGGCAAUAACUGUUUUGCAACAGUUCGCGGAAGAUCAAAUCUCGAAUUAUUCUUAGGAUUUGUUGACUCAUCAUCUGAUGGUCAUAACGGAGCAACAAAUGAUGCGACUCACUAUGCACCUGUCAAUCUUGAGAAUAACACUAUUGUUGUCCAUGCAAAUGGUCUUGGUGCCGGAAUUGUCAGAUAUGUUCAAAUUGUAAUGCCAAGAUUCGGAUUACUGCAUACGACUGAAAUGAGAAAGCGUGAUUCUGCGUGUAGCUACGAAUGGUAUGCAACUACUCCGUUCUCAUUCGACUAUGACCAAUACUACGUUAUCAUAUACGGAAGCAGUGAAUUCGGAAGCAACUGGAAGAGAAACUUCUAUGUCAGCACUGUCGGCCAACGCCCACCACUCCCUCCACCACCAGCAACCUGUGAUUUGAACGUUGUAAAACAAGACACACUUUUCCUCAUUGACAGUUCUCUCAAGGAUUCUAACGUUACAUUCAGAAUUCUCCAACAAUUUGCUGUUCAAGCUGUACAACCGUUCAAUUAUGUUAGCGGAUUGGGUCAAGUCGCUGCUCUGAGGGUUGCUGACAAGGCUUAUGGAGGGUUCUCAUACAAUGCUGGCGAAAAUUCGUUUGAUCGAGUUUCUGAACUUAUUUACAACAUGCAAUAUAUUGGAAUUGAUGGCCAAAAUGUCACAGCUGGGCUUCAAUACGCGUUAGAUUACUAUGAUCUGCCGUCGCAGGGUUAUAGAACUGGUUCAGAUGUUCGACAUCUUCUUGUCUACGUUACCCAGACCAACCCAACCGAUGCCGAUCCCUCAGAACUUCUUCGAACUAUCAAACGCUCAGGAUUAUACGAAGUUGUUGUAGUUGCUCUCGACAUGCAGCCAUCUGACAAGUUGACCAAUAUGGUCAACCCAAGAUGCUUCUACUUAGCUCAGGACUUCCAUGAUCUUAUGAAUUACGGAGUCAACUUUGUUCAAGGACAAUCUUGCUUGCGCUGGAAUUUCUGCAACUACUAAACGUCUCCGACUUUUAUCGAAUAUUUUAUUAUAAACAAACUAUCCUAUUCAAAUAAAGACACAUUUUGUUUUUUUUUU